GCGUAAAACAAAGUUUUGUGUGAAGGAAUUUUAAAAAUGUUGUAAUUUUUGGAUAUGUCGUUUACCAUAAUUUUAUAGUGAAUAGCAUACAACACGUAAAAGGACGAAAUUAUAGCCGGUUCAAGAUCUAGCUCAUAACCUAAAUUUAUGUUUUACUUCGUUGGUUUCCCUGGUACUUUAAAUGUCGCAUUUGUUAUAAAGAGAUGCUGGUAACCAGUCUAGAGGCGGUGAUAAGCUAUACAUAGCUUAUGUUGUUACAGUUGCAAUGUUUUGUAAUAUAGAUAUUUUAAUGAAUUGAAUAUAUGUUUUCAUGAUUUAUAUUUUGUUCCGGAGUUUAUUUUUAAUCGGGCAUAUCUAUAGCGUCAUUUUAUGACAAUUUUAAAUCAAUUGAACCUGUGUUAGGAGUUGAAUACCAUAGGCGGCACUACAGGUUCAGACAUGGAACUGUUUGGUGAGGCAUUCUCCUUAUGGGCGAUUGUGAAAACUGUUCUGAUUUUAUGGUUUAUAUCCGAAAUAUACGAAUGGCUGAAGAUUCUUGCUUGGAGGAAGAAAUACAAGUUGACCGGACCAUUUCCUCUACCCCUAUUAGGGACUUGGCCAGCUUUCAUUCUACUCGCUAUAAAGACAAAACGGAUGGCGAAAAUGGUCCAGGCAAAUAAUGAACGAAGGCAGACAACAGCUAGCCAACAUGAAGAUGGCUCAGAUUUUAAAUUGCCUCCUUGUUUAGCUGGCAACUUGGGACCCUGUAAGAUGCUAAUUGUUACGGACGUUGACUUGGCGAAGAAAAUUUUCGUAAAGGAUCAUGUGCACUUUCAGAACACAAAUACUAUAGAAGGCUUGAGCCCACAUCCUUUGGACAAAAUGGUGAGCAACUUGAGGGACUCCGAAUGGAAACGAGUGCGAAACAUUCUAUCGCCGACUUUCAGUUCAUCAAAACUGAAAAAGAUGACCUCAGAGAUUAAUUACUGCUCAGGCUGCCUUGUCACCGGACUAUUAGACAAAGCCAGGCACGGUGAACCAGUAGAAGUUAGAAAGCAUUUCGGUUGUUUCGGACUAGACGUAAUUGCAGGUACAGCUUUCGGGAUACGUACCGACACUUACAAGAAUCCAAAUGAUCCUUUUACAUCGCUUGCCGAGAAAGCAACUACAGAAAUAAAUGGAAAUCUCUGGAUAAUGUUUGCCAUGCUUUUCCCGAACUUAUGGUGGAUUAUGAGAAAAUGUUUUAAACGGAGUCUUCUGUUUAGUGACAGCGCUAAAUUUUUUUGUGAUUCUGUUAAAAGGAUAAUAGAGGAACGAAAGGAGAAAAAUGACACUAAAAGGACGGAUAUGUUGCAGCUUAUGCUGAAUGCAAAGCGUGAAUUUGAAAGUGAAUCUGAUGGUGAAAACAAAGCGGACAAGAGCAUUUCGGAAGAUGAGAUAUUAGCACAAGGAUUUGUUGGCUUCUUAGCUGGUUAUCAAGCAAUGGCUGCACUUCUAUCGUACGUUUCCUAUCUCCUCGCCACUCACCCAGAUGUUCAGGACAAGCUUCUACAAGAAGUUGAUGAGAGAGUCCCAACAGACGCUGCUGAGAUUAGCUAUGACGUCGCUUUGGAAAUGCCGUAUCUAGACUGUGUUAUCAAUGAAACUUUGAGGAUGUACCCACCGUUUGCUAUGGUACAGAGAACGACAUCUCAGAAUAGGGACGUGGAGAUUGAUGGACACUGGUUCACAGGAAGGACCCCAAUUGUAUUCAACAUCUGGUAUCUCCAUCAUGAUCCUAGGUACUAUCCGGAUCCCUAUACGUUUAACCCAGAAAGAUUUACCACCGAGGAGAAGGCCAAGCGUGACCCAUUCGUAUUCGCACCAUUCGGUCACGGGCCCAGGAACUGUAUUGGUAUGAGGCUAGCGUUGCUGGAGGCAAAAAUUGCUGUCAUUUCCAUGCUUAGAAAGCUGAAGUUUGUAAAACGUGUAGAAACGGAGGUGCCACUGGAAGUUAUGACGGAAUUCUUUGUGCUUCCAAGGAGACCUAUUAAGGUUGGAAUUGAAGUGCGAUAGUUUUCCAGAACAAAUCGUUUCAAGAACAUUUUCUGUUAUUGACAACAACAGGUGAACAUCAUAAUAAUCUGUGUGUUUUUGUUUUAAUGUGUUUGUUAUGCAGCUAAAGGUACUUUAUGCACGAACAUUAAAAAGGUAGACGUAUGAAAUCAUGACGUUUUUAACAACCAAUAUGGAAGCGAAUUAUCAUGUAUGACUAUAUGUGUGAAGCUCUUCUCCGCACGCGUAACUUUCACUGCUAUGAACUCUGCUCAUAUUUCUAGUGAACGAUUCUUUUAUUAACGCAGCAUUUUCCUUUACCCAUUUAAGUUCCAGAUUAAAAUGUCUAUGCGAGACAAGCAAUUGUGAUUUCAAUGUUUGUAUUAAAAUAUUACAAAGUU